GUUUUAACAUUUGCUGUACAUUUUCAUAAAUGAUCAGAAAAAUCCGAUUUUUUUCUGGCUUCAUACUCGCCCACAAUAUGUGAGAGUCAUCGACAUUAAUGAUUAAACCAUCGAGUUACGCGGCUUGUUCCUGAUUUCGAGAUUAUGUUAGUUGGCAGGAGUGACCCGAGAAGAUGGAAGCACCACGCCGGCCAGAACAGUUUGACUUCCAUGGGGUCGCCAUGACCAACAUCUUCACUGACAACUGGGACAACGUACAGAACUUCAAAGCAAGACCGGAUGAUAUUCUUAUCGCUACGUACCCUAAAGCAGGAACCACAUGGGUCUCUUACAUCCUAGAUCUUCUGUAUUUUGGGCACACGGGUCCAGACUGUCAGACAUCCAUUCCUGUUCAUGACCGAGUGCCCUUCCUGGAGCUCUACGUACCUUCUCGACCUUCAGGUACAGACCUGGCAGACAAUCUUCCCACCACUCCUCGUCUCAUUAAAACUCACCUGCCAGUCCAGUUUGUACCAAAGUCCUUCUGGGAGCAGCAAUGCAGGAUAGUCUAUGUGGCCCGCAAUGCAAAGGACAAUGCUGUGUCCUAUUUCCACUUUGACCGCAUGAACCUUGUCCAGCCAGAACCAGGAGACUGGGACACCUAUCUGCGGGGGUUCAUGGAGGGAAAGAGGAUUUUUGGAUCGUGGUAUGACCAUGUGAACGGCUGGUGGGAGAAGAAGCAGACUUACUCAAAUCUUCACUACAUGUUCUAUGAAGAUUUGAUUGAGGACUGUGGACGAGAAAUAGAUGGACUGUGUUCCUUCCUCGGUUUGUCUCCUUCAGCUGAAGAGAAGGAAAGGGUCAGAGCCGGUGUGACGUUUGACAGUAUGAAAGAAAACAAAAUGACCAACUAUAGCACAGUUGAGAUGAUGAACCAGAAGGUGUCUCCUUUCAUGAGAAAAGGAAAAGUUGGUGACUGGAAGAACCACUUCACUGUGGCCCAGAAUGAACAGUUUGAUGAAGACUACAAGCAGAAGAUGAAGAAUCCUGAUCUCAAGUUUCGCGUUGAAAUUUAAAGGCCCUGGCUAGGCCUGAUGGAGCUCUGA